GCGCUCGCAACGAGUACGUACAGCAAUGCCCGCGCUCGCCGCUCUCCUACUGUGCGCCGCAGCCUUGGCUGUCGUGGCGACGGCGGCGCCCUCCGACCGGCAGCAAGCUCGCUUCACGGCGCUCAUGCAGCAGGCGCGCAAGUUCAAGUGCCGCGAGCCGCGGCCGCGCGCCGUGCUCUCCACGGAGCUGGUCUACGUGGGCCCUUCGGAGCGCGUGAACCCGCCCUACGCCGUGCUGCACCGCUGCGACGGCGGCGCCGGCUGCUGCGAGAGCCACGACCGCAUCUGCGAUGUGCGGGACGCGCAGGAGGUCACGCUCGUCUUCCUCGUGUCGGACACUGUGCGAGGCGGCUCCGAAUACCGCGAGGCGACGCAUACCAACCACACGCGGUGCCACUGCGUCAGCAAGGAGCCCCAGCCGCCAAAGUAGCAGGAGGUGUCCCCCCCUGCUGCGCCGCCGGUCCCGACGCCCGGGGGCGUCUUCGAAGCACCGGUGUCCACCGGCUCUCAUCGGCCACGCUCUGCCGCAGUGACGUUGAUCACGAUAGUAUUAUCGGCAGGCUUGGCCUCUGCCGGCUGUUGACAAACAGCGAAACUGGGACGCCGACAGCGGGGACGCGUAUGCAGAACAUCUUUCGGGUACAGCUCGACAACAUGUUACAGUCAGUUCCCGACUUGAAAGUGGACCAUUCAUUUGGCAGACGCAAGAGCGAAUCAAAUGCAGAACCGUCCGCGAGUCCAUCGGCGAGCCCUUCUUUCGCGCAUCGCCGGUGCCGCUUCCUUCGUUACUGCGACACUCCAAAGCUUUCUCUACUCUAGUCCUGCUGACAGUGUAACUGUGCAGUGAAAGUGUUACUGAAUUGUUGUGCUCAAUGUGUUUAUGUAGGUGUAAGUGAAUAUGUCUUUGCAAAGCCUCUCUCGCGAAAGUACCGUCCACCUUUCUACGAUAAGGUUUCUGUCACAUUACUGUUUCCCCUGAUGCUGCACGACUGCUGCAACGCAGGUAUGACAAAGACUGCUUUAUUUCCAAAGAUCUUUCUCAUUAGGCAGAUUAGGCAUACUGCCUUAGGGAAAGAGUGACCGUCUUGUAAAAAAUGUUAUUAUGUAUUUUGGCUUCAGCCCACACAAAUGGUAUCGUCAGCGGUUUUGACUCAUCACCAAGACAUCAUUAGAUUACCUGAAUGCGGUACAUAGUAAUUCGUCACCAGUACUGAGUUACUAUACAACGUUUUCAAAUCAUUUGAUCAUGACUUGGUAAUAAGUAGAAAUCUUUAACGAUCCGACAUGUGUGACCUUUAGCUGUCUUGUUAGUUAGUUUACAAAUCGAUUACUGAAACUCUCGAUGCAACAAGUGUUACAUAUGUUGUUGUUGUUUCUGUGGUCUUCUGAAGACUGGUUCGUGAUAAAGUUUAGUAAUUUCAAGGCUCAAAUUCUAAAUACGUAUCUCGGAAAGUGAAUAUUAUGUCAUAAAUAAAUAUCGGAAUCAGUAUUAUUUAGGAACAGUAGCAAAAAAGAUAUUUGCAGUCGCUAAUAUUUGUUAUGAAUGAAAUGCCGAGUUUGCACUAUGAACUCCAGGAAAAGCAAUAUUAUAUAUUGUAGGGUUCCAGUAUGUCGAUGCAAUUUGCGAAGAAGAAUGCCGAAUGUCUUUCAAGGCACUUUUUGUGCUCGCUCAAUGUAAAUGUUAAUGCUCCAUGUAUUUUAGAUGUAGUAAGUUAUGUAAUGUUAUCAUAUCAUACUUGCCCUAGUCUGUUAUAAUUUGACAUUCCAGUAUAAAACACAUGUAAAGUUAUUUAUUAUUGCUUGUAUUUAUUUUAUUUAUACUUAUUUAUUAAAAAGAAAGACCAUUUAUUUGGGAGAGGUAAUUUAUUUUUUUAAACAUUGCCAUUAUCAAUUAACCCGUCAUUUGCCAGUAUCAGCUUUACUGAAAAUUUGUAUAAAACUUCUGCGGUGGAAACUAUACUACUGUACAACAAAUUUAGCACGAGAAUAAUAACAAGCACUAUUAUAAAAUACUUUGUCGUAUUUAUUGUAUUUUGAGGUUUAUCCUUUGAUUUCAAUGCAUCACCAAAAACCAUCUGUUCCAUAUGAAUUUACAAAUGAGUGUGUUUCUUGUGUUGUGGUCUUCUACAAAAACCAUGGAGAGUAUUAUUCUCUACUGAGUAUUAAUGCUAAAGCAGAUAUAAAGUUAUUCAAUGCUCUAUGAGAUAUAAAAUUAUUCGUGUUCUGUAGCUUUCAAUUUUAUAGAACUCACGUCUGACUUAAAUUAGCCGAAUAAUUUUCUGGUCUCAUUAUCUGGUUGUUGAAUGUCUCCACGUCGGCGUCGUGUUGAUAAGUAGUGUGACACGUGCCAAUGACCUGGAACAAUUAUUGGAGGGCGGGAAGAAGUAUCUCGAGAUAAGCCACUUAUCACAGCUUAACGCAGAAACACUACACUCUAUUAAAAUAUUUCCAUAGCAACACGAUACGGUACGCAAGAAAUUCCUUUGCAGCGCACUUAUCUUAAAGCAAUUGACAGCGUGCUGUUCCUUCACGUUUUUUGCCUCGAAGCUCCUUGAAGGUCAGGAGAAGAGCUCACGUGCCAACGUAAACAGUAAUUGAGAACCAGGAAUAUGAUAUAAACAGUCCUCAGACGGAGGUAAUUACGAGUAUUCAGAAGAACCACAGCUGAUGUAAGACAACAUAGAAAACAAACGCUGCACUUAAAAUCCAUACCUGGAAUUAGAGGUAAUAGACAAUUCCAUCUGAGGAUGAGAGCAUGGCUAUU